UGAGUCGGAAGGAUCGGCCAUCACCUUGCCCGGCUCAGCUUACAUAUCUGCUCGAUCUCCUCCUCGCCAUCUGUUCAAUCCAUCCCGCCACUCGUCUUCCGAUCAACUUCCACGCUUCCACACCCACAUCACCUUGCAAUUCUUGGCUAUAUCCACUAAUCUCCCUCGCUUAUGCUCUGCAGCGUUCCUUCACACCCUCCUCUCCAGUCUCAUCUCCACAACAUCGUGCAACAGCAGUCUUCUCGGCAAGCGCACUCUUCCCCUUCCCCCCCACGUCCCCCUCGCACACCUGCGACCCAACAUAUGCCUUCUUCCCCUGCAUCUGAAUCACCCCGGGCUACCACUCCCCCGCGCAGGGCUUCUCGUCGAAAGGCGCGACUUCCCCAACAACCCGCUGCCCUCGUGAAUGCCUCGGAUGCCCAAGACAUCACCGACGCAGGUGGCAGCACGGACGAUGACGUUCUCGAGCUUCUCAGAAGUCCACCAACCCAUACACCUGGCAUGCUUCAUCUCUCCAAGGCGGCGUUGGAUGCUGCCAAGAAGGACGUGCCCAAGCAUUUGCCGCGCCAGAAACCUGUGCGCCGCGACGGGGCCCGCGGACAAGACGCGCUGGCGUCAACCCCACCCGAUCCUCGGCGUAGAAGGAAGGUGGUCGAGGGAGCCAGGUCCGCUACUGAGGUCGGCAAGGUGGCCGUGGCUCCUAAAUCGUCUGCGGACGGGUCAACCGGAAUCGGCACCGAUCUGCCCGUCUCGAGUGAUCUCCACUCGGGCCUGCAUGUCCAGGCAGAGGCUUCCAACUCCAUGGACUUGGCGGCGCUGUCACAGUCCCUUCCCGCUUCCUUUUUUGCAGAGGCGCAACAGGGUACUAAGGAUGCACAAGUAGGGGACGCGCCUCAGCGGGCCUCUCCUGUAUAUGAGUUACCUCCUAACGUGAGUGAAUGCGUCGUUCUCCCCUAGUCAUCUCCGAGAUCUCCAUCUGACAAACAGUGGCAACCGUCGCUUCAGAACGAAGUGACACCGUCGAAGAACCCCAAGGCUGGCGGCCGUAGAGCGUCCAAGGCUCCGAUGAAGGCUGGCGGCCACCAGCGUCGCUCCUCUCUUGACAAUGUGCCCGUAACAGGCAUAGCAGCCGCCAUGCAGGUUGUCUCUAAGGCAUCGACGGUCAGCACAACC